UGACGCAGGACCCUUUGUAUCCGGAUGUUGUGUACGAGUGAGCCUUGCGGCAGACAGUGCGGUGACUGAUGUGUGGUAUGGGAGCUAUUGUUUUUAAAUGGGAGAAUGAAAUGAAAAGCAUUAACUAGACUACAGUACAGUAGAUUUAACACUGAAGCGUGGUCACGACAGCCAGUCGCUGACGUAAAGAUAUAUUUUAAAAAUGCCUUCCCCCAAAGCGAAGGGUAACGGGGGACGCAGUGGCGGUAGCCCGGGUAUCAGCAGCGGCGGACGCUACGAGUUCAUGUCACUCAGCCGGUCUCCGUCGCCCCAGCUGCUUCAACGCCAGGGCUCGGAUCCGACGACGGCUCGCCUACGAGCCUCAGAGAGCCCGACGCGCCGCAGAGGCUCGGGAUCGCCCUUGGGAUUCUCGGGUGCCCCGUCGUCUUCGGCUACUGGCGCCCAGCAGCUGCCGGAGGAGGACUGUAUGCGACUUAACCCGUCAUUUAUCGGGAUCGCGAUCAGCUCACUGCUCGCUAUUGACUUAUGGCUGUCAAAGCGCCUCGGGGUUUGCGCCUGCGAAGACUCGUCGUGGGGCAGCAUCCGGCCGCUGAUGAAGCUGAUCGAGAUCUCCGGCCACGGUAUACCCUGGCUAGCAGGUGUGCUGUACUGCCUGUACAAGAGUGACAGUGCCGCAGGCCAGGAGGUCAUGCUUAACCUCCUCAUGGGUAAAUCAACUCUUUUGUUGCUAAGAGUCGCUCAUCCUGGACCUGGUCCUGGUUGCUGUGGUGAAGGCCAUCGUGCGCCGGCGGCGGCCCUCCCACAACCGGAUGGACAUGUUCGCCACCUUCUCGGUGGACCGUUACUCGUUCCCGUCGGGCCACGCCACACGGGCCGCCCUGUGUGCCCGCUUCCUGCUGGCGCACCUUGUGCUAGCAGCGCCGCUGCGAGUGCUUGUGCUGCUCUGGGCCGUCACCGUGGGCCUCUCCCGCGUGCUGCUGGGGCGCCACAACGUCACGGACGUGGCCUUCGGCUUCGGGAUGGGCUACUGCCAGUACAACCUGGUGGAGGCGCUGUGGGUCUCGCCGGUCGGGCUACACCUUGCCAUGGGCCAGUGGAGCUGAGGUGGGGGUGGAAGGUAUAGCAGGUGUCAGAGGGGAACCAGCCCCAACCCCCAAAUGCCCUGCUCCCCAGCUGUAACAUCACUGUGCACAUUGCCCAUUGCCUAAAAUACACAGGCAAUUAAAAGCGUCACAUCGCACUAAAUGCUAUAAAUAUCUUGAUGUUAAUUGAUGCCGUUGUGAAUGUUGUCCUUGUGUCUGUCUGUGUGCAUUUGGGUGGGUGAAUAUCAGCUUGACUUGUAAGCCACCGUGGUCUGUGAAGCAGAUCGAAUUAAACCAGGUCGGCAAAUCCAGACCUCUGGCUAGAGCAUAUAGGUGUCGAUCACUGCUGAGCUUUUAAUCAUCUUUAUUUACCCGUCGAUCAAAUACAUUUCACUUAUUGACCAUAUAAACAAGAUUGUGAUCAAGCUGCCAGCUUUGUUUCAGUCUAAAUUUAAUGUAUACAUGAUACAUGGUGGCUUGGACAGUUACUCCUCCUUAGGGCUCGAAUUCCAUCUGUGCAUGAAGCGCUCAGCAGGAAUGUAAACAAGAACACCCUCUGAGCUGUGAGGCCUGGACUCGCCAGCCCCCUCUGUGAAAGAUUAUUAAGGGAAGUAUUUUACAGAAACUUUAGGGGAACAGCUGGUAUAGAACUUAUAAUAAUGCAGUCCUAUUCCAUUGCUUUACAACAUUCCUCACGCACUGUGAAGUGUCUUGUAGUCACUUGUAUUUGAGAUUAUUUUGGUGUGCCCUUGUUUCUUUCUUGUUUAUUAUGUGUAAAUAGUAACUUAUUAUGACAGUCUCUGCCCUGAGGAAUAACCAGGUCGCCGUCUAGCUUGCUGUGUUUUAUUGUGAUUUAAAGCGAGUCGCUAUUUUGAUUCACGGUGACCUCUGUUAGCAGCUACUUUUCCUUGUUCUGAAGGCUGGUUUGUGACAGUGGAAGGUGGGGGUACUGGCCUGUAUGUUUUGUUUUUUUUUUCUGUUUAGAGGAGUAGGUGGAUAUACUGACUUCACUGGGCCCAUCCGGGCUACUGCAUGUAUUCAUCAAGCUCAAUUUCAUGGUAUCUGGAUUUUCAACUGUCGCCUUUCCUGUAGAACGAGGACCAAACAAAGGCUGUGCACAUGGUUUGCCGCACUGCAGCCAGUCGGUUCCCGUUCAGCCGAGUCUUUUACAAGCGUCUCCUCUGAUUUCAGUAUGGGAGCAGCCCUGCAUGUGUGCGUGGGUGAUGUGUCAGUCCAUUGCAGCUUUUGCAAGUCUGCGUGGAGGAUGUGUCAUUUUAAGGACUACAGUGCUGACCACGGUGCUGUGUGCAUAACUUGCACACUGUACUCAUAUUCUGUUGUUGCUGUGUUUGUGAAUUAUAAGAGGGUACAUUUAGUGUAUUUUAUAGUUUUAUAUGAUAUGGAAAUGUAAACCCUGCUUGAUAAACUUGUACUGGAGAGUCAAUCUCCAGAAUAAAAUCAAAAUGAAUGUGUGCUGUGGGCUGAACUGCCCAUCAGUGAUGUGUCGAGGCAGAGGGAGAGGGGUGUCGGUCUGGGAAAGCUUCAUGUGUAACUAUUCUGUCUGACAGACACUGGCAAGCUCUCACAAACCACCUGUUUCUGGCACUUUAGGGUGUUACACCUUAUAAAGGUCUAAGAGCUGUUAUAGUCUCUGUGGAAUUUGGGGUAAUUGCACAAUGCUGUGAUUACAUUUUGACCAUUGAUAUCUUAUAUGACUUUAAAAAAAAAAAACUAACCCGAUUUGUAAACUUGAAGGUUUUCUUGCUUUGAAUUACUUGAAAUCCAUUUAAUUUUUAGAUCUGAAUCUUCCUGUACUCUAAAACAACUGUUAAUCCUAAAUAAUAUUGCAAUCAGAUUAAAUCUGAAAUUAGGGUUUUCCGGUUAGUGAAAUCAGGAGUCUGCAGAGGUGCCCGGACACCUUAAACUGAUCCAGGUUCUGGAAGACUGUACAUAUAGAACAUUCACUACAAACUGGAGUUACGGUUUGGCCUGUAAGAUAAAAGUUCACUGUUUAAAGAGGGAAGCGAGUACGAUGGUUUGCCAGGAAGAGAGGAUAUUUCAGUACGUGCUGAAAACAGAAUUCACCAGCUACAGACAGUCCAUUUAGUCAGUGACCAUUGCUUGUCUUUUACUUUGACACAAACUGUAUUUGUAACUAGAAUUGUCAGUGUAUUUUACUUAGUAGCAGAAAGGACUGUUCAUUUUACUUGGUAGAUGUGCCAAGAGGACAAUGUAUUGUGAUUCUAAUGUUCUUUUUUCAAAAAUAAAUGUAAUCACUCCUUGUCUCUUCCUUGAA